UUGAGUGUAACCUAACCUAGUAUUUACUUCAGAUUGCACGUGUUGUCGGAGUAACGUUUAUUUGUAAUUAAUAAUACUGGUUCUUAUAAUUGGAUUAUAAUAAAGCAAAAUGCAGCACGACGACGUUGUGUGGAGUGUUAUCAAUAAAUCGUUCUGUUCCUUCAAAGUAAAUACAAAGACACAGCGAUUCUGCAGAAAUGAGUUUAAUCUUACCGGUUUAUGCAGCAGAGCUGCAUGUCCUCUUGCAAAUAGUCAAUAUGCUACCAUUAGAGAAGAGAACGGUAUUAUUUAUCUCUACAUGAGAACGGCAGAAAGAAUACACACACCUAAGAAUAGCUGGGAAAAAGUCAAGCUGUCUAGAAAUUUUGAAAAGGCGAUACAUCAGAUUAAUGAAAAUCUGCUCUACUGGCCUGGUUUUAUAAAGGCAAAAUGUAAACAGAGAUUUCUCAAGAUUACGCAGUAUCUUAUUCGUAUGAGAAAGUUUAGGCUGAGACGGCAGAAGAAAAUUGUACCCCUUCAGAGGAAAAUCGAAAGAAGAGAAAGGCGUAGGGAAGAAAAGGCGCUGAUUGCUGCAAAACUAGAAAAUGCGAUUGAAAAACAGCUUAUGGAGAGGCUGAAGAAGGGGAUGUAUGAAGGUAUUUACAAUUUCCCACAACGAGUGUUCGACAAGGCUGUGGAGGCUGUUGAAGUUGAAAGAGAAAGUGAAGCAGAGAGCGAGCAGGAAGAGGAGCAGGAGAAAGAGCUCGAGAGAGAGGUGGAAAUAGAAUUGGAAGCGGACGAGAGAGAAGCUGAACUGGAUGGUCCAGAAUACGUUGAAGCUGACAGCGACGACUACGAUGAGGAUGACGAUGAUGACGACCUCGAAGAGCUUUCUAUGGAUGAAGAUAGUGACUCUGGACAGAAAGAAGAGAUUGAAUUGUCGGACAGCUUUGAGUCCGAAGCUAGUGAUAUUGAGGACUUGGUCAAGCCAUCCACGAGCAAGAAGACGAAAGGACCGAAAGUUGUCAAGAAAAGAAAGGUGCAGAAGAAACCGCGGGCGAGAGUGGAAAUCGAGUACGAGAUGGAAGAGGAGAGUCAGACGAAUAAACGGGCGCGUAUAUAACAGAAUUGUACUGUAUAAAUAUAAUUAUCUUUGUAAUAAAAAUCAUAAAACGUUC